CCACCCGCCAACACCGCAGGACUUGGCUUAGAGCCCGCCAGGCAAGACGAUGAGGGUUGGCAGUUCCACAUGUAGGAUUUCGGGGGUUACCAAGACAUUGGUGCUCCUGCUUCAAAUAACUUCACUCUCGGAUUCCGUUCCCUUUCUCUCAAUGCCUUUUGUUUGACCGUCUUCAACCAGACCCGUUCCUCUUUACCAGUCACUCGUUAGACUCAAUUGCGCCUUAAGUCUUUUAAUUCCUCUUCCCUUUCUACGGUCAACAUCAUGAAGCUCGUUGUUCUCUCCGCGCUCGGCGCAGCCAUCAGCCCAGCAUUUGCCAGCGUUAUCGCUCGCCAGUCCAAGGGGAACCUUCCUCCGGUCACAGUCCGCGGUAACGCCUUCUUCGCCGGCGAUGAGCGUUUCUACGUUCGCGGUGUUGCCUACCAGCCAGGAGGUGCGGCUGAUGCAAAGGACCCACUGCUCGACCUUGAGGGCCUGAAGCGCGAUGUUGCCAACUUCAAGUCGCUGGGAAUCAACACAAUCCGUGUCUACACGAUUGACAACUCCAAGAACCACGACGAGGGUAUGAAGAUGCUCGACGAUGCCGGUAUCUACCUGGCUCUCGAUGCCAAUACGCCCGACUACUCCCUCAACCGUGAGACAAACGCCACUCUCCACCGCUCGUACAACGACGUCUACCUGCAGUCCGUCUUUGCUACGAUCGAGACGUUCCACAACUACAAUAACCUCCUUCUCUUCUUCUCCGGUAACGAGGUCAUCAACGAGCGCAACAACACCGGCGCCGCCACCUACAUCAAGGCCGUUACCCGCGACAUGAAGCGCUUCAUUGGCAACAAGUCUCCCCGCACCAUACCAGUCGGUUACUCCGCUGCCGAUGUCUCUGAAAACAUUGAGCAGCAAGCCCUGUUCUUUAACUGCGGUUCCGACGACGAGCGCUCCGACUUCUUCGCCUUCAACGACUACUCCUGGUGCGACCCUUCGUCCUUCACCCAGUCCGGCUGGGACAAGAAAGUCGAGCUUUACAAGGACUACAGCAAGCCCAUCUUCCUCUCCGAAUACGGCUGCAUCACCAACCGCCGUGACUGGGGCGAGGUUGCCGCUCUCUACUCCACCAAUAUGACCGGUGUCUACUCUGGUGGUCUUGCCUACGAGUACACCGUCGAGCCCAACGGCUACGGUCUUGUCGAAGUCGGUUCCAACGGCGCCAUCGAACCCAACGCCGACUUCGAGCGCCUCAAGAAGGCCUUCGAGGCCACCGACAACCCGUCCGGCGAUGGCGGCUACAAGUCCAGCGGCUCUGCUUCUGAGUGCCCUGCCGAGUCUGAAGAUUGGGAGGUCGCCACUACCGCUCUGCCUGCCAUGCCCGCCAACGCUGAGAAGUACAUGGACGGCGAUGUCGGCACUGGCCCUGGUCUUGAUGGCGAUGGCUCCCACUUCGCUGGUGAGCCCUCCGAGUCCACUGCAACUGCUGGUUCUAGUAGCCCCACUCGCUCCGCCAGCUCAAGUAGCAGCAGUAGCAGUGGUAGCUCUACCGGUGCAGCUGCCGGUAUGGAGGUCCCUCUUAAGAUGAUGGGUGUUGUUGGUGCUGGUGUCCUCUUCGGCGCUGCGCUAUUGUUCUAGAUGCAUCAUGCGUGAGUGUCAAAGGAAGGGACAAGGAGGAUCUGAGCAGAAAAUACCCGUAAGAUAUGAUAGAGAUGUGCUUCACUGUGUUGGGAGUUCUCUUUAAUCUGUAAUCAAUGCAUGUAGCCAUUCGGAUUUGUUACACAGUCUUCUCAUAGUCAAUCAUUGCG